AUGGAGACCCGAGUGAAAAAGAGGGAACAGUGGAGCAGGAAAACUGAAUAUUUUCUGGCAGCAGCAGGCAAUGUGGUCGGCCUGGGAAAUUUGUGGAGAUUCCCCUACCUGUGCUACAAGAAUGGAGGAGGUGUCUUCCUCUUACCUUACUGUUUCUUUGCUCUGCUGUGUGGUGUGCCACUUUUCAUGCUGGAGACUGCGAUUGGUCAGUACGGGCAGGAGGGUGCCAUGACCUGCUGGACCAAGUUCUGCCCACUGGCAAACGGGACUGGCUAUUCUAUCAUGAUGAUCCAGCUGUAUUCCAGACUGUAUGCCAUUGUUCUGGCCUGGGCCCUCCUCUACCUCAUCUACAGUUUCAGAGACCCUCUGCCCUGGACUACCUGCAACAAUCACUGGAACACAGAAAGAUGUGUGGACCUCACCUCUGCAAACAGGACUGCAAUACACAGCAGCAACCUGACAGUAAACUGGACAAAUGGAAAUCUCACUAAGUCUUCAGCCAAUGAGUUCUGGGAGAGAGGAGUGCUGUCCAUGUCUCAGGGAAUAGAUAAGAUUGGUUCAGUACAGUGGGAGCUGGUGCUAUGUCUCCUGGCCUGCUGGGUGGCCUGCUACUUCUGCAUUUGGAAAGGGGUCCGCACCACAGGAAAGGUGGUGUAUUUCACGGCUGUGUUCCCCUAUGUGAUGCUGGCCAUCCUGCUGGUCAGGGGGUUGACGCUGCCCGGAGCCUGGCAGGGUGUGGUCUACUACCUGUAUCCAGAUCCCUCUCGUCUGGCAGACCUUCAGGUAUGGAUGGAGGCUUGCGCUCAGGUUCUCUUCUCCUAUGGUGUUGCAUCAGGAACCGUUAUUACAUUGAGCAGCUACAAUAAAGUCAAGAACAACUGUUACAGGGACAGUCUGUGGUUGUGUGCGCUCAACAGUGGCACAAGCUUUGUGGCCGGCUUCGCAGUCUUCUCAGCUCUGGGCUACAUGGCCCACGAACAGGGAAUUCCCAUCAACAUGGUGGUCGAAUCGGGCCCUGGACUGGCAUUCAUCGCUUUUCCUCAGGCUGUGGCCAUGAUGCCCGUGCCUCAGCUGUGGGCUGUUUGCUUCUUCUUUAUGCUCAUUCUGUUGGGACUGGACACAGUGUUCGCAGGUUUGGAAACUAUAACAUCGUCAGUGAUCGACUUGUUCCCAGGACAGAUGCGCAGACCCUGGCGCAGAGAAAUCUUCCUCAUCAUCUUCUCCUCUGCCUUCUUCUUGAUAGAGAUCCCUCUCGCCUCUCAGGGAGGAGUGUACCUGUUCCAGUUGUUUGACCACUAUGCUGCUAAUGGAGCGUGUAUAUUGUUUGUGUCUUUGGCCGAGUGUGUGGCUAUUGGCUGGGCCUUUGGUUCCGGUCGGAUGUGUGAUGCAGUGAAAGACAUGACAGGACAGAGACCGUCUUUUUUUUUCAAUCUGUGCUGGUGUUACUUCACCCCUCUGACCUGCGUGAUUUGCUUCAUCUGCUCCUUUGUGGACCAAAAGCCCCUGACAUCCAGCAGGGUCAAGGCGUUCCCAGACUGGGCCUACAGUCUGGGCCGAGUCAUAGCCUUUUCCUCUGUGGUUCCAAUACCCAUAUGGGCUGUCGGCAAGAUCUGGCUCACAAAGGGCACCCUCAGAGAACGCAUGUCGAUCCUGUGGUAUCCUGUUAGAGAUCCUGUUGAUCCGAAGACUAAAAGACUAAAUGAAACAGAGAUGAGACCAAUGUCAGCCCCUGUUCCUGAUAUGUUAUGACUGUUUACUUCUGUGUAAUGUACUUAUAGAUUUCUAUAGCAGCCAAAAGAAAGAACAAUUUUUACCUUUUAACAGUGACAGUUGCUGCAGUGACUAGGUGCUGCUAAAUCCUACACACUGGACAUAGCCUUACCCCGAAACCCCACUGUUGUUUUUGGUAAACUAGAACGACCGCGUAUCGCUGUGGCACACGGAAGGCGGCACA